UCCAGUUGCAAUUUCUAAACAAAUUCCACUCACGCAGGAGGCAAACAGUGAAAAAGAAGAAAAUAGGAUAAGGCUAAUGGCGACGGCAGCGGAAAUGGUGGGCGGAGGUGGCGCCGGCGGCGGCGGCGGUGGUGGAACUUUAUCGGAAUUGUACCAGAACUCGAAGCGUUUGGUACUCAAGUGCCGGGAGGGCGUGGCGAGGCUGGAGCGUUUUGAGAACUCGUCAUCCUCUUUACCUUCAUCGUCUUUGGACUCUUCGCCGGAGCUUGCGAAUGCCGUAAAGCAGGAUAUCAACCAGAUCCGAUCUCUCUGCGCGGAGAUGGAUCUUCUUUGGCGAUCCAUCUCCAACAAGCCCCAACGCGAUCUCUGGAAAAGAAAAGUUGAACAAGUGGGUGAAGAGGCUGACUCAUUGAAAGAGAGUCUGGAAAAGUACCUUCAACGGCAUCAAAGACGAAUGCAAGACGCUAAAGAGAGGGCUGAGUUGCUAGGACGAGCUAAUGGGGAAUCAUCUCAUGUGUUGAGGAUUUAUGAUGAUGAAGCACAAGCAAUGGAGAAAGUUAAGAGCUCAUCCAGGAUGCUAGAAGACGCUUAUGCAACAGGGGUGGCUGUCCUUUCAAAGUAUAGCGAGCAAAGGGAUCAUCUCAAGAGAGCUCAAAGAAAAGCACUGGAUGUUCUUAAUAGAUUGGGACUUUCAAAUUCUGUGUUGAGGCUUAUUGAGAGGCGUAACCGUGUAGAUAAAUGGAUCAAGUAUGGAGGUAUGAUCGCCACGAUCAUCUUUGUCAUAAUGUUUUGGAGGUGGACAAGGUGAACCACAUUCGUUGUACAUAUGCAAAAUUAUGGUGCACCUUUGUGAUUUUUGGGAACAGGGAGAUAUGGAUGAGAGCAGUCAGAAGCUUUUCAAAAUUUCUAGGUGUCAUUGGGUUUUGAUUGAUAAACCACUGGAACAUAUAUAUUGGAAAAACUGUAUAAAAAUGACACUUGGCAAGGGAAAAGGUACUACAUGUAAAUUUUUCAAUGACAUUGGAUUCAGGUUCCAAUU